UUAAAAACAUAAAAACUCUAUUUAACUUAUUUUUGUGUCUGUGUGACGUCAGUUGGUAACCAACUACGUGCAGCUAAAAUCACCAAAAGUUACCAAUGUGGUUGUCAUUCUAACCUCAAUGUUUAUAUUUUGAUUAUAUAUUUUUUAAAAUGCCGCAAAAAAUUCACAUUAGGCUCGCCGCCCACCGGGUUAACGCCUCAGUGGCUGUUAAUAGAAGAGUGCCGAAAAUUUUCACCCCCGGACAAGUCAUCACAGAGCAGAACGAAUUUAUGAGAGGGCAUGGAACUUACGAAGAGGAGGGUUUUUUAAAAUCUUCAGUGGCCGGAGUGAAGGAACAAGUCAACAAUUUAAUUUCAAUCCGGCCUUUGAAGAGUCGGUACAAUGGAGAAGUCGGUGAUGUGGUUGUGGGGCGAAUUACGGAAGUACAACAGAAGCGGUGGAAAGUUGACACUAAUUCGCGCUUAGAUUCCGUGCUGUUGUUGUCUUCUGUGAAUUUACCAGGGGGGGAAUUGAGGAGAAGAUCAGCUGAAGAUGAACACAUGAUGAGACAAUAUCUUCAAGAAGGCGAUCUUAUAAGUGCAGAGGUUCAGAGUGUUUUUUCAGAUGGUUCAUUAUCUUUACAUACUAGAAGUUUGAAAUAUGGAAAAUUGUCACAGGGUGUCCUAAUUAAGGUUUUUCCGUCGUUGAUAAAACGGAGCAAGACACAUUUUCACAAUUUGUAUGUGGGGGCUAGUAUUAUCUUGGGGAAUAAUGGUUUCAUUUGGAUUUAUCCAACAGUUACUAAUUCUGAAGAUGGCGUAGGAGGCUUUGUCCAGAAUUUGGAAGAGGUGGUGUCUAGGCCUGAACGGGAGACGAUUGCGCGACUUAGAAAUUGCAUUCUAGCCCUCACUCAGAGUAAGAUGAUGUUGUUUGACACCAGCAUCUUAUAUGCUUUUGAAGAAUCCCAGAAAUACAGUGUUCCUGAAUUGUUAGUUCCUGAAGCGAUGGUAGAUGUCGCUAUCUUGACACAAGAUCGCUUAAGUAUGGCCGAGAACUCAUAAUAGUUUGUAACAAAUAAAUAAAUAAAUAAAGAUUGUUUUGUAAAAA